AUGGUGGUUUGUGUGUCGCGGGAGCUCUACCCGCCCGGCAGAUUCAACUCCGAGGAAGAUGAGGACGAGCGCCCACCUGCCCAGCUCAGCGUGCCGCAGCAGCGAAUUCGACACGCUCAGACACCACUGGAAGUCAGCACAGUUGGUCCUGCAGCCCACUCCCGCGUCAAGUCUGCCACCUUUGUGAAAAGCAGUGUGACGGUGGACCAGUGCCCCCACGCCACCCACCCCGAAUUUGCCGUCAUUGGGCGGUCCAACGUGGGCAAGUCGUCGCUGAUCAACAUGCUGACCAAGCGCACCUCCCUUGCCAUGGUCUCCAAGACGCCAGGCAAGACACGGUGUAUCAACCACUUUCUGAUCAACAACUCAUGGUACCUGGUGGACCUGCCUGGGUAUGGGUAUGCCAAAACCUCCAAGGCCAAUGUGAAGCUGUGGAACGACUUCACCCGGGAGUACUUUGUCAAUCGGGAGACGCUGGUGGCAGUGCUGCUCCUGGUGGAUGCCUCCAUCCCGCCCCGAGACUUGGACGUUGAGGCAGCCGCCUGGUUUGCGUCUGCAGACGUGCCCUAUGUGGUGGUCUUCACCAAGACGGACAAGCACAAGAAGGGCGCCCCACACAACGAGGUCAACAUGGAGACCUUCCUGCAGAGCCUGGCGGCGAGCGGCAUCCCCGAGCCCCCGACGCUGCGCACCAGCACCAAAAAGGCCGAGGGCCGGGAGGCGGUGCUGGCCUACGUGGCCAAGCUGCGCGAUGCUUUCAUUACCUCCGCCGCUGCGGACGAGUGA